AGACCCUCCGAGCCGGUGCUGCGGGAGAGGCAUGGCCGCGGGGUCGGCGCCCAAGGCGGAGGCGGGGCUGGAGGAGCCCCUCCAGCAGGAGCAGAUCUCUCGCACAAAGUUGUCUGUGGAUGAUGAGUGGAAGUUGAGGCCUUUUGCAGACGACCCCCUUUGCUGGUUCCAGCCUGCAGCAGGAGAGGAUGUACAAGAUGCACCGGGGCCACGAGUCCAUGCACGUGGAGAUGAUCUUGAUCUUCUUCUCCACGCUGAUCGUCGCCCAGAUCGUGCUGGUGCAGUGGAGGCAGAGGCACGGCCGGUCCUACAACCUGGUGACCCUGUUGCAGAUGUGGGUUGUCCCUUUGUAUUUCACGAUAAAACUUUACUGGUGGCGGUUUCUGUCCAUGUGGGGGAUGUUCUCAGUCAUUACCAGUUACAUCCUCUUCAGAGCUACCCGAAAGCCCCUCUCCGGGAGAACGCCGCGUUUGGUCUACAAAUGGUUUCUUCUGAUCUACAAACUCAGCUAUGCCUUUGGUGUUGUGGGUUAUUUGGCUAUCAUAUUCACAAUGAGUGGACUCCAUUUGCUUUUCAAAGUCAAGGCUAGAGACUCCAUGGAUUUCGGCAUUGUGUCUCUGUUCUAUGGCCUCUACUAUGGCAUCAUGGGGAGAGAUUUUGCCGAGAUCUGCUCGGAAUACAUGGCUUCUACUAUAGGGUUCUACAGCGUCAGUGGGAUGCCCACGCGGAGCUUGGCCGACAGCAUCUGUGCCGUCUGUGGACAGAAGACCAUCGUGGAGCUCGGCGAGGAAGGGCUCAUUGAAGACACCUACCAGCUUUCCUGCAAUCACAUCUUUCACGAAUUCUGCAUCCGAGGCUGGUGUAUUGUUGGUAAAAAGCAGACCUGCCCUUACUGCAAAGAGAAGGUUGACUUGAAGAGGAUGAUCAGUAACCCCUGGGAGCGCACACACAUUUUGUACGGACAAAUGCUGGACUGGCUUCGUUACCUGGUGGCCUGGCAACCCAUGGUGAUAGGAAUCGUUCAAGGCAUUCACUAUUCACUGGGGCUGGAAUAAUGUAGCAGACUUACCCCAGAGGCAAUGCAUUACAUGUUGAAAUGUUUUGAGAAGUCCUUGAUCCUACAUUAACCAUCAACAUUCUUUUUUUUUUUAAUUUAGAGAUGAUUCCAAGAAUUCAGAGAAUUGAAUACAAUCUGGUGGUCUACAUAAGGCAGUUUGUCUAUGUGGAAAGGAUGGAAAGAACCGAAUAACAGAAUAAACAAGGGAAGCGUGCUUUGCGUCUUUCCCAUUACAAGUGUUUUCUAAUCCAUGCAUGCGACACAUUUAUUACAAGCCUCCAUGGACACCUUGCCUCUAAGUUGGGUGAUGUCGAUGUCAUCUGUAAGGCAUUUCACAGGUUUGCAAAGUGCUUCUCACAGAGAACAUUUAGCCAUAACGAAUACCUUCUGGUCAGUUCAACAUCUUCAGAGAAGUCAGCAGAGGUGUUAAGUCAUCUGCGGUGUAAGAAUCUGGCCUCUUCUACACUUUGUGCUUGUGACCACGGGGCCACUUUGGCACCGCAAAGCCCUCCCACAGAGACAGGACUACCCCUGCCCACAGCACUAGGUGCCACAGCCCACUCAAGGCACUGGAGCGAUGCCCGGUUUCCUGACCCGUCCAGGGGCUGCCCUGAAGUGGACAGACUCACUCUCUCCUUGUGUGCCACUCUGAACACACACACAUUCACACGCGGUCACUCCGUGGCUGUCCUCUGCUUUCAUUUUCUUCAUAGCGCUUACCAAUACCUGCAACCAUAUCAUAGAUUUGUUUAUUAUUUAUUGUUUGUCUUUCCCUCCAUGAAGGCAGAGAACUUUAUCUCUUUUCUCCUCCUAGUGUAUCUCCAGCACUUGGAGCAGCACCUGGUAUAUAGUAAGCACUCAGUAAAUACUUGCUGAAUACUAAAAAUAAUCCUUUUGCAGGAGGGACCAAACUUAACGGAAUAGGAAAGAACCACCCAGAAAGAAUUAACCCACGAAUGAUGUGGCACAAUCCCCCAAAUCAACUUGGUUGAAAGUACUGGCCGUUUGUUAAACAGCCAACACCAGGCAUCUACUCUGCCAUAUUUAAAGGUAUUACAUUCAUAUGAAGAGAAGAAGAAAACUCACGCACUGUCAGUGUAAUGCUAUUCAAAGUUCCAUUAUAGUUUUAAUGAGGAAAACUCACACUAAGAUUUCUCCCUGUUGGUACUUUUCCUUCAUGAAGCUGCCCAGUCCUUCAGCGUCAUGAUUGGUUCACCAUCCAGAUUACAUGGAGACUUAACUCCGAUUUAUGUCUCUACUCAGCAAACAUUUUUUAAGGUAGAUUUAUUCUUAGAGGAGAAAGGAGAGAGAAAGAGAAGGAUAGAAACAUCAAUGUGUACUUCCCUCUCAUAUGACACGUACUGGGAACCUGGCCCACAACCCAGGCACGUGCCCUGACUGGGAAUUGAACCAGUGACCCUUGGGUUCGCAGGCCAGCACUCAAUCCACUGAGCCACACCAGCCAGGCUCUACUCAGCAAACAUUUCAAUAAUUCAAUAGUUAUUACACACCAGGCAUGUGCAAGGGUUAAGGAGAUAAAACAAGAUUCUUGAUUUUAUGGUCUAUUGACAAAUAAAAGAGCUCACAGCUGGAUUAACACUAAGAAUUAGUUUUUCUUCUGGAAAAGAAGGAGCUCUUAAAUUGAUCUCAGAUGUGUUUGCCACUUAAUCACAAGUGGACAGCUGCAUGAGGGUGGCUUUUACUACAGAGCCUGUUUAUUUUAUUUUUGUCUGAUUUUUAAGAGCAUAGCUAUCAGACUUUUUUUCUUUAAUUUUUUUAUUUAUUGAUUUCAGAGAGAAAGAGAAACAUUGACCCAUCAUUGUAUGUGCCCUGUCCAAGGAUUGAACCUGCAACCUUGGUAUGUAUGGGGUGAUGCUCUAACACACAGAGUUACCUGGCCAGGGUGCUUUCAGAACCUUUGGAACCCUGGGCAAGUAAGCCAGUACGAAUUUGCUGAAAUUCUGAAUAACCCUCAGAGUUCAGAAAGAUGUUAGAUAAUAAUAGCUACACAAUCUCAGAAAAAAUAAAGAUGCUAUUUUUAUGCAGUUUAAAUAUUUAAAAUUAAAUCCCAGUUUUUUGAAGUAAUAUAUAUAUAAAAUAUUGGAGACCUAACACUAUAUAGUUAUCAGUGGUUAUUCAAAGGUAAAAAGAUAAGAGCUGAUUCUUACUUUCUUUUACAUAAUCUUAUCUCUUUUACAAAAUUUCUACAGUAAACAUGUUUAACAUUUCCAGUGAGAAACAUAAAGAUCAUUUUAAAACUAUUACUUUGACUCUAUCAAUUAACUACAAAGUUAUUUCUAUUGCUGUGUAAAUUACUGCAGUUCAGUCUAACAGAUCAAGUCCAUGCUACAUGUGUCUAGUUCUCAUGAUAAUUAGCAUUGGGUUUAAUGUAGAAAAUAAAAAGUAAAGCAAAAAGUCUAUUUUUGUGCUCGGCUUCUGUGGCAUCCACUCCAGUUUCCCUCCCCUGAACUUUGCCACUUUUUUUCUUAGGCUGGCUUCUGUCUCCUCCCUAACACUCUCCCAGGAGCUCGUAUGAGCGGGCAGAAACAUUAUUUGAGCGUCCCAAAGACUAAAGCCUGUUAUGCACUUGGGAUAUUUUUCUGCAAACAACAGGAUCCCUUAUACCCCUGCCAGUACCCACUACAGAAAAAUACCCAUUUGCAAAUAAUAAUACAUAAAGAGAUGAAUUGCUUCCUGGAAAACAGUAACAGCUACCACAGGGUCCCUGUCACCCUGUGGGUCCCGUUCCCAUAGGCUUGCCCUCCUCACUCCUCCAAAAGGAACAGCAACCAAGGGGCACGUGCUCAGUGGUGUGGUUACGUUACUGUACGUUAAUAUCUGCAUCAUACCCCAUGAUGUCAAUAUCGUUAUCCCUGUUUUCAGGGCAGGAAAACAUUUUGGGUCAGGUUAAGUAACUUGCCUACUAACCCAGGACCUUCUUGACUCUGGAGCCCAAUUAACCACACAAACCCAGUUCCGGCUGAAACUGAGGAGGGUCAGAGGAAGUUCACUUCCUUUCACAUGUGGUUCCCAGCUUAAGAAAAUU